AGUUGUGCGUUAGUAGCAGCAAUUGGUUAACGGCACCUUCUUCUCGCUGUCUGUCCCGACUCCCGCUCACCGCCGCCUUAGCAACCGACAAUCUCUCUCUCUCCGCAAGAAAAUUUCGGACUUUCUUAGUCUUGCCUUGAUUCUACCAACUUGUUUCUGUUUCUGAAGUUCUCUUGUUCUUAUAAGCCUCCAUCUCUCUAGGGUUUUCGAAGCACUUCUUGAGCUUUCGCUGUUCAUGGAAGCUCUAAUGGGAUCUUCCAAGCGAAAGUUGGCAGACGAUAUACAAGCGGAGCCUCUGCUUCCGCAGAAACGACAGCAGAGAGAAAACGAGUUAGUGGUGGCCGACGAUGGAGAACCUGUCGCCUGUUUACACGACGUGUCGUUUCCGGAAGGCUAUGUUCCUCCUGCUCGAACUCCCUCCUCUUCAGCGGAACCGCCUGCAAAAGUCUUUGAAUUCACUCUGGACCCUUUCCAGUCUGAAGCCAUCAAAUGCCUCGAGAGCGGGGAGUCCGUCAUGGUGUCAGCCCAUACUUCUGCUGGAAAAACUGUUGUAGCAUUGUAUGCUAUUGCUAUGUCAUUGCGGAAUAAGCAACGGGUAAUAUACACUUCACCAAUCAAGGCACUCAGCAACCAAAAAUAUAGGGAGUUUAAAGAAGAGUUUUCAGAUGUGGGUUUGAUGACCGGUGAUGUGACGAUUGAACCCAAUGCUUCUUGCUUGGUAAUGACAACAGAAAUAUGGCGUAGUAUGCAGUACAAAGGAUCCGAAAUUACACGGGAGGUUGCUUGGAUUAUUUUUGAUGAGGUACAUUACAUGCGUGACCGUGAAAGAGGGGUAGUUUGGGAAGAGAGCAUUGUUAUGGCUCCGAAGAACUCUCGAUUUGUAUUCCUCUCAGCAACUGUGCCUAAUGCAAAGGAAUUUGCUGAUUGGGUUGCAAAGGUUCACCAACAACCAUGUCACAUUGUUUAUACUGAUUAUAGGCCAACACCUCUUCAGCAUUAUAUUUUCCCUUCUGGUGGUGAUGGUCUAUACUUGGUGGUGGAUGAAAAGGGAAAAUUCCGUGAGGAUAGCUUUCAGAAAUCUUUAAAUGCACUUGUUCCUGCUAGCGAGGGUGUCAAGAAAAAGGAGAAUGGAAAGUGGCAAAAGGGUAUAACCAUAGGCAGAGUUGGUGAAGAAAGUGACAUCUUCAAGAUGGUGAAAAUGAUCAUUCAGCGUCAAUAUGAUCCCGUUAUACUAUUCAGCUUUAGCAAAAGGGAAUGUGAGUUUCUUGCAAUGCAGAUGGCAAAAUUGGAUCUGAAUGAGGAUGAUGAGAAAGUGAAUGUAGAAACUAUUUUUUGGAGUGCUAUGGAUAUUCUUUCAGAUGACGAUAAGAAGCUUCCUCAGGUUUCUAAUAUUUUACCCCUCCUGAAACGUGGGAUUGGGGUGCAUCAUUCUGGCUUGCUUCCCAUUUUGAAGGAAGUUAUUGAGAUAUUAUUCCAGGAAGGAUUGAUCAAGUGCUUGUUUGCCUCGGAGACCUUCAGCAUAGGUUUGAAUAUGCCUGCUAAAACUGUGGUAUUUACAAAUGUCCGUAAAUUUGAUGGGGAUAAGUUCAGAUGGAUUUCCAGUGGAGAAUAUAUACAGAUGAGUGGCCGUGCUGGUCGUCGAGGUAUCGAUAAACGUGGAAUAUGCAUCCUUAUGGUUGACGAGAAACUGGAACCUUCUACGGCUAAGAUGAUGCUCAAAGGAAAUGCCGAUUGUUUGAACAGUGCCUUCCAUUUAAGCUACAAUAUGAUUUUGAAUCAAAUGCGUUGUGAAGAUGGAGAUCCUGAAAAUUUGCUUCGUAAUUCAUUCUAUCAGUUCCAAGCCGACCGUGCCAUUCCAAGUCUUGAGAAACAAGUAAAGGAUCUUGAAGAAGAGAGGAAUUCAAUUAUAAUUGAAGAAGAAGAUAGUUUAAAGAAUUAUUACGAUCUGCUACAGCAGUACAGAAGCUUGAAGAAGGAUGUUCGUGAUAUUGUGUUCUCUCCAAAGUACUGCUUACCUUUCUUGCAGGCUAGAAGGCUCGUGUGUAUUGAAUGCUCUAGGUCUGAAGAAGUUUCCCCAUCUUUCUCUAUCAAGGACCCCGUCACAUGGGGAGUGAUAAUAAAUUUUGAAAGAGUAAAAAGUGUAUCUGAAGAUGAUGCAAAUAGAAAGCCCGAAGAUGGAGACUACACAGUGGAUAUUCUUACAAGAUGUGUGGUGAGCAAAGAUGGAAUUGCGAAAAAAACCAUUAAGAUUGUCCCAUUGAAAGAGCCUGGAGAACCUGUUGUUGUUUCUGUUCCUAUCUCCCAGAUUAUUAGUUUGAGUAGUAUUCUUAUGGUCAUACCAAAGGAUCUAUUGCCCUUGGAAACUCGAGAAAACACACUGAAGAAGGUUUCUGAAGUUAUUUCAAGAUUUGCAGAAAAAGGGGUACCUCUUCUAGAUCCAGAAGAAGAUCUGAAGAUUCAAAGCAGCUCAUACAGAAAAGCAGCUCGUAGAAUAGAGGCUCUAGAGAGCCUUUUUGACAAGCAUGAAAUUGCUAAAUCUCCCCUUAUUGAACAAAAGCUCAAAGUUUUCCACAUGAAGCAAGAAUUGGCUGCUAAGAUCAAGUUGCUUAAGAAGACAAUACGCUCUUCCACUGUGUUGGCCUUUAAAGAUGAAUUCAAGGCUAGAAAACGGGCACUUCGGAGGCUAGGAUAUGUCACAAAUGAAGAUGUUGUGGGGUUGAAAGGGAGAGUUGCUUGUGAAAUCAGUAGUGCGGAUGAGUUGACCCUAUCAGAGCUUAUGUUUAAUGGGGUUUUAAAGGACAUAACGGUGGAAGAGAUGGUUUCUCUCCUUUCUUGCUUUGUCUGGCAGGAGAAACUUCAAAAUGCUCCAAAGCCUAGGGAAGAACUUGACUCGCUCUUUGUACAGUUACAAGAUAUAGCUCGUAGGGUUGCCAAAGUUCAGCUUGAGUGCAAGGUCCAAAUUGAUGUGGAGAACUUUGUGAGUUCGUUUCGGUCAGAUAUCAUGGAGGCUGUGUAUGCUUGGGCAAAAGGAUCCAAGUUCUAUGAGAUCAUGGAAAUUACACAGGUUUUCGAGGGCAGCUUGAUCAGGGCAAUUCGUAGACUGGAGGAAGUUCUUCAGCAGCUCAUACAAGCAGCAAAGUCUAUUGGAGAAACUGAGCUUGUAUCAAAAUUUGAAGAGGCUGUUUCCAAGAUCAAGAGGGAUAUCGUCUUUGCAGCAUCUCUCUACUUGUAGUUUUUACCUGGAGAACAAUAUUCUUUUUAUUAUUUAUGAUUUGAGGAUGUAGAAUUAUGGCUAACUUAUCUGCUGAGGUAAUAAGUAUAGGGAGAUCUCUUUGCGAGGAAAGUGAUGUAAAAGUAAUUAGAUUUAGCGGAAGUUCGGGGCUGCACACCCCAUGGCAAUUUUGGGAUUAACCUUAAAAGGUGAUAUUUCCUUUUCGUUA